AUGGAGAACAGAACCCAAGUGACUCAGUUCAUGCUGCUCGGACUAAGCAAUGCCCCAGAGCUGCAAAUCCCUCUCUUUAUAAUGUUCACCCUCAUUUACCUCAUCAAUGUGUUUGGGAACCUGGGAGUGAUUGUGUUGAUUUUGUUGGACUCUUGUCUCCACACACCCAUGUAUUUUUUCCUCAGUAACCUGUCUGUGGUGGACCUUUGCUACUCUUCAGCUGUCACUCCCACGGUGUUGGCUGGGUUCCUUACAGGAGACAAUACCAUCUCCUACAAUGCAUGUGCGGCUCAGAUGUUCUUCUUUGCAAUAUUUGCUUCAGUGGAAAAUCUUCUCUUGGCGUCAAUGGCCUAUGACCGCUACGCAGCAGUAUGUAAACCCCUCCAUUACACCACCACCAUGACAACGGGUAUGUGUGCACGUCUUGUUAUCAGUUGCUAUGUUGGUGGUAUUCUGAAUGGCUCCAUCCACACAGGAGACACGUUCCACCUCUCGUAUUGUACGUCCAAUGUGGUCCAUCACUUUUUUUGUGAUGCUCCAGCAGUCAGGGUUCUCUCUUGCUCUGAUAGACAUGUUGGUGACAUGGUUCUUGUUUGUGUGGCAACCAUCAAUAUCUUUUUUGCUCUUCUUGUUAUCUUGAUAUCUUACUUAUUCAUAUUUAUCACUGUCCUAAAGAUAGGCUCAGCUCAAGGGUAUCAGAAGGCUUUAUUCACCUGUUCUUCUCACUUCAUUUCAGUCUCCAUGUUCUAUGGGACAGUUGUCUUCAUGUACAUACAGCCCACCUCCAGUCAUUCCAUGGACACAGACAAAAUAGCAUCUGUAUUCUACACUAUGAUCAUCCCUAUGCUGAACCCUCUGGUCUACAGCCUGCGGAACAAAGAUGUCAUGAGUGCAUUCAAGAAGGUUCUUGAGAAGGCAAAGUUGUCUUUCUGCUUAACUUUUUAA